AAUACAAGAAGCCUCCUUGGUUUUCCGUUACUUGUUAAAAAAAAUUGGACCCAAAAAUUUCACUGUUUAAAAAACAAGCGUUUUUAAACGAUGAGCUUCAUCUUCUCAAAAUCAAGGCACCUACUAAGGAGGGCGUUUUGCAUUGAGGUUAAAGUUGUUCUGCAAAACUUUACGGCGAAUAGAAUGGUUUCCAAUCAGAAUUUGAAGCUGUUUAAUGGAGAUGAGAUCCCAGCACUUGGACUAGGGACCUGGAAGAGCAAGCCAGAGCAAACUGAAGCGGCCGUUGCCGCCGCCAUUGAUUUUGGCUAUCGACAUAUUGACUGUGCAUGGUUGUACGGCAAUGAGAAAGAAGUUGGGCAUGCACUGAAUCAGAAAAUCAGAAAAGGGGGUUUAAAAAGAGAAGACUUGUUCAUUACAUCAAAGCUUUGGAACACAAAGCAUGGUGCAGAAGAUGUUAUGCCUGCUUUGAAGACCUCCCUAGAACUGUUAGGCCUUGAGUAUUUGGAUCUCUAUCUCAUUCAUUGGCCUAUUGGUCUGAAGGCUGGGGACAAUCCAUUUCCAAAGGAUGAACAUGGCCAUUUACUCUAUUCAGAUGUACAUUAUUUAGAAACAUGGGAAGCCUUGGAGAAAUGUGUUGAUGCUGGUUUAGUGAAAUCAAUAGGAUUGUCCAAUUUCAACAGCUUGCAAGUCGAGGAAGUGUGCAGCAAAGCAAGAAUCCAGCCUGCGGUUCUUCAGGUCGAAUGUCAUCCAUAUUUGAAUCAGAGCAAGCUGAUCGAAUUUUGUAAAAAGAAAAAUAUUGUUGUCACAGCAUACAGUCCUCUCGGAUCACCUGAUCGUCCUUGGGCCAAACCGGGCGAUCCCUAUCUCUUGGAUGAUCCAAAAAUCAUCAAAAUGGCAAAGAAGCACAAUAAAUCACCAGCGCAGAUCUGCAUUCGAUUUCAAAUAGAAAGAGGAGUAUCUGUUAUACCAAAAAGUGCCACUCCAGAGAGAAUCAAGCAAAAUUCAGAGGUUUUUGACUUCAGUUUGACAAAACAUGAAAUGGAAGAGAUUGAAUCGUAUAAUGUCCCAUGGAGAGCAUGUAUUCCAAAAGUAGUUGUUGAUGGCAAAGAAGUUGCUAGGGAUAGGAAGCACCCUCAUUUUCCAUUCAUGACCGAAUUCUGAUGUUGAAAGUUAAACUGUUACGGGAAGACAAAGAAGGUAUUUUUUGAAUCAGAUUUUGUAUUGGACGAUAUAUGAAUAUACAUUAGUAUUACUCUAAAUGGCUUAUACUUGCUUAGAAUUUUGUAGAUUUGAUUAUACUGAAGCCUAUGAUAGCUUGAUACACCAAA